AUGGCGACGACGUUGAACAGAGAUCAAUACGUUUACAUGGCGAAGCUCGCCGAGCAAGCUGAGCGUUACGAAGAGAUGGUUCAGUUCAUGGAACAGCUCGUAACCGGAGCUACACCCGCCGGUGAACUGACGGUGGAGGAGAGGAAUCUUCUCUCCGUCGCUUACAAGAACGUGAUCGGAUCUCUUCGCGCCGCGUGGAGAAUCGUCUCUUCGAUUGAGCAAAAGGAAGAGAGCCGGAAGAACGAGGAACACGUGUCGCUCGUCAAGGAUUACAGAUCUAAAGUUGAGACUGAGCUUUCUGAGAUCUGCUCUGGAAUUCUCAGGUUGCUUGAUACGCAUCUGAUUCCUUCGGCGAUUGCUAGUGAGUCUAAGGUUUUUUACUUGAAGAUGAAAGGAGAUUACCAUCGUUAUCUAGCUGAGUUUAAAUCUGGUGAUGAGAGGAAAACUGCUGCUGAAGAUACCAUGAUUGCUUACAAAGCUGCUCAGGACGUUGCAGUUGCUGAUCUAGCUCCUACACAUCCGAUCAGGCUUGGUCUAGCCCUCAAUUUCUCGGUGUUUUACUACGAGAUUCUCAAUUCUUCAGAGAAAGCUUGUAGCAUGGCCAAACAGGCUUUCGAAGAAGCUAUUGCUGAGCUGGACACGUUGGGAGAGGAAUCAUACAAGGACAGUACUCUCAUCAUGCAGUUGCUAAGGGACAAUCUAACCCUUUGGACCUCCGAUAUGCAGGAGCAGAUGGAUGAGGCCUGA